AUGGGUCGUCCCCACCCCAGUGCGAGAUAUUCCCUCGAGUGGCAUGACAUCAGCGGCCGGCGGCGGAGGGGGACGAUUCCCGAGCAGAAGGCGGCGGCCAGAGUGGGGUGGAUACCGAACUCGACGUCCGACGCCUGGCGGCGGUUGCGGUGGGCGCCCUCGCGGCUCGCGGGCUACCUGGGGCUCGCGACCGGCGCCGCGCCGCCGUACUCGGACCAGACGCAGUGCCUGCUCCUGCGGCUGCCGCCCGAGAUCAGGCUCGAGAUAUGGGAGUACGUCCUCGGCGGCGGCGCCGACGUGUGCAUCCUGCGGAGGGCGAAUAAGCUCGCCCACGCAGUCCUCCCCCGCGAUCAGGCCAGGCUCGACCAGGCUCAUGAUAAUCGGAGACGCAGGUACCUGCCGCUCUGGGGGGAAUUCAUGGCUGAGAGAUCGUCCCUAACGGAUAAUAGGACCGCUGAGGUUAACUUGGUGACGCCCCUGCUCAGCUGUAAGCGGAUCCACUCGGAAAUGAUAGCGAUGCUAUACAAGCGGCACUUCAAAUUCGAGCUGAUGGAAGGGUUCUACCGCUUCCUGCUGCUCUCGCCGCUGGCGGGCCUCUCCGCCGUGCGGUCGAUCGAGCUCGACUGGUCGGGCUUCUACUACUGGGCGCGGUUCGAGGAGGACGCGGCGGCGGGGUACCCGAUCUGCCACAACGAGAGCUGGGCGGACAUCUGCGGCGCCGUGGUCGGCAUGAUGACGGGCCUGCGGCGCCUGACGCUCCGCGUGCUCGCCUUCGAACACCCGGCCCGCGACGACCAGCGGUACCGCUUGAUGCGGAAGAUCGUGGCGCCGCUCGAGGCGCUGCCCAGCCACGUCGUGUUUACGGUUGUGAUUAGGGAUGAGGCGUUUUGUCGGAGCUUUCAGGAUGGGUUGCGCAGGGAGGGGUAUGGCAGGGUGACGGUUAAUAGUCCUUCGGCGGCAUAG